AUGAGACGCCCAUGGGAUUUUUAUCCAAACCAAAAAAAGACGCAAUGGGAAGGUGAUUGACCGGCGAAUGAGCUCGAUGCGGCCGUCGGAAGGCGGAGGAGAUGGCCGGGAAGAGGUCGCCGCCGGCGUCGGCGCUGAACGAGUCAGGGAGAGUGGGAAGGACGAGGGCACCCCUCCGCCGGUCCUCCAGGCUCCGGCCCAUCUCAUUGCCCGCGUCUUCUCGCAGCUCGAUUGCGUCGAUCUCCUCAACUGCUCUCUCGUCUGCAAGCAGUGGUAUAGGGAGUCUGCAGAGCUGAGGGAGGGUUGGAAGAAUGAAUACUUGGAGGCCAGGCAUCUGUAUGGGAUGUCCGUUAAAAGGGAAUCACAUCCACCAUCCUCCACCUGCUCUAUAAGAGGUCUGGGGCGUACUCCUUCAGAGGAUUCCAGUUCCCCUUCAAGAUCAAGAAAGAGAUCAAUAUUUCUUACCGACAUAUUGAUGACACAACCAAAAAAAGGGAAAGGGGAAGGAAUUAAAAUGGAACAGGGAUUGCAUGUUUCACAGAAAUUUUUAUUGUAUCAGUUGUAUUGACUAAACUGAAUCAUAUAAUCACUUUGAGGAUCAGUGUGUUAAAAAGAUAAAAUAGUCUACAUAAAUUCACAAUAAGGAAUGUUGUUCUUAAGUGGUUUCCUCUUUCUUGGUAACAUUAUGCAAUGUUGCUCUUUUUCAUAAUGAGUACCUAUAUGUAUCAAACCUUUUUCUUAUUCAUAUAUGCAUAGCAUGUAUUUUCUUA